AUGUCACAAAAGCCACUGCUGACACUCAAUGGAUAUGUUCUGUUCUCAAUCGGUAACCUUACUCCAUUGUUCCAGGCUGUUUGGCCAAGAUGCUGGAAGAAGUUUGAAGUCUGUGACAAGAAAUGGAUCGACGCAGUGACUUAUCUCGAGGUUGUUGGUAUUAUUUUGGGACAGAUUCUUGUCGGUAUCAUUGGUGAUGGAAUCGGGCGCCGUUGGGGUUUGAUCCAAGAUGCCCUCAUUAUGUUCGGUGGUCUCCUCAUGCUCGUUGCAUCCUGGGGUGUCGACUUGAACGGCUGGGUUAUCUGCUAUGGAUGGGCCCUUUUCUUCUAUGGUAUCGGUGUUGGGGGAGAGUAUCCGAUGACCGCAACCGCAGCUAUGGAAAACGCCACGGGCUCCGGACGUGUUUCUACCAAGGAGGACCGUCUUCACCGUGGCCGAAAGGUCACCAUGGCAUUUCUGAUGCAGGGCUGGGGUCAAUUUUUCAACCAGGCCAUUCUUAUCAUCCUUCUCCUCAUUUUCCACCACAGCGGAAAUCCGCCAUAUUCCACCGUUUCCGCACAGUGGACAUUCCGUGUGUCAUUCGCUCUCCCAGCAGUCGGAACACUCUGGCUUGUCUACUACCGUUGGUUUAAGAUGCCUCUCGCAUCCAAAGUGCUGAAUGCGUCAAAGAAGAAAGCAAAUGUCACUGGAUACGACGUCCAGUCUUUGAAGAUGACCUUCAAGUAUUUCGGACCCCGAAUCAUCGCUACGGCCGGCACAUGGUUCGCAAAUGAUGUGUUCUUCUACGGAAACAAACUCUUCCAAUCACAGUUCAUCAAGGUCAUCUCACCAGCCUCAGCCGAAUCCGGUAACGUGAUGACUGGCUGGCUGUGGAACUUGGUCAACGUCGGUGUCUCGCUCUGCGGAUAUUAUCUUGCCUCGCUCCUCAUUGACAACAAACUCUAUGGACGAAAAUGGAUGCAACAGAUCGGAUUCCUCAUGUGUUUUAUCUUCUUCGUUGUACCCGCUUUCCACUACAAGUACUACACCGGGAUCCACCACAUCAAGGAAUUCCAAGCCAUGUACUUCCUCUCCUCAUUCUUCAACCAGUUCGGUCCAAACAGUGUCACCUUCCUUAUCGCUGCCGAGGUCUUCCCUACGCCAGUCCGGGCUACCGCUCACGGAUUCUCAGCUGCCGUCGGCAAAGCUGGUGCUCUGCUUGCAUCUGUCCUAUACAAUUACAUUGGCACUCAAACGAAGUUCUACUUCGUGCCAUGGUUUGGUCUUGCAGGCAUGCUUCUCACCUACCUCUUUCUCCCAGAUACCACUGGUCUCGAUCUCAAGGAGCAAGAGAGACGAUGGACCUACCUGCGCGCUGGCCGCGGCGACGAGUACCAUGGUAUCGCUGUCCACCCCAAGCACUUAUCUAUGUGGGAACGUUGGACCGGCGUCGGCAAGGCAUACAACCCUGAGCUCGACAAAGCCAGCAAGAUCAAGGAUAUGCGCGAGGAUUGGGAACUCCGCGAGGCCGAGAAGCAAAAGCGCGAAGAUGGUCUUGUCGGUGACGAUUUCGACGAUGAUGAGUACAGUGCUGAGGUGCACAACUACUUCCAGGAGACGAGGAGAUCAAACUCGCCGAAUGGUGUUAUGCAGCGCUCGAGCAGUGAGGAGGCGGAAAAUGAGAAGAUUACGCCUGCAGGUUCGAAUUAG